CAUUCGCCAAUUAGCAGCCGGCGCGAGCGCGUCGCGUGUGCGGUAAAAAUAUUUCCCCUUAUUCCGAAUUUUUCCCAGCUGGAAAACUGUUCUCCCCGAUCAAUAUCGAGAGUGAUCACUGUUUGAUUUAACCCGAAACAAGAUGGCCACUCGGGGAGCGAAUGUGAUGUGGUUCCGCCACGGAUUGCGGCUGCACGAUAAUCCCGCCUUGCUGGCCGCCCUCGCUGACAAGGAUCAGGGUAUAGCCCUAAUUCCAGUGUUCAUAUUCGAUGGAGAGAGUGCAGGAACCAAGAACGUGGGCUACAAUCGGUUCCGCUUUCUGCUGGACUCGCUGCAGAAUAUCGAUGAGCAAUUACAGGCGGCGACCGAAGGACGUGGACGUCUCCACGUCUUCGAGGGCGAACCGGCGCAUAUUUUCCGGCGGCUAAACGAGCAAGUGCGUCUGCACAGGAUUUGCAUGGAGCAGGAUUGCGAGCCAAUUUGGAACGAUCGCGAUGAAACCGUCCGUUCGCUGUGCCGGGAACUAAACAUCGAUUUCGUAGAGAAGGUAUCACACACGCUGUGGGAUCCGCGCUCGGUGAUCGACACCAAUGGGGGCAUUCCACCGCUUACCUACCAGAUGUUCCUGCAUACUGUGCAGAUAAUCGGGCUACCUCCGCGUCCCGCCGCCGAUGCUCGACUUGACGACGCCUCCUUCGUGGAGCUGGCCCCCGAGUUGCGCCGGAGUCUUGGCUAUUUCGAGAAGCUGCCUACGCCGGAACAUUUCAACGUAUACGGCGACAACAUGGGCUUUCUGGCCAAGAUCAACUGGCGUGGCGGGGAGUCGCAGGCACUCCUUCUGCUGGAGGAGCGGCUAAAGGUGGAGCAGCAUGCCUUCGAGCGGGGUUUCUACCUGCCUAACCAGGCGCUGCCAAAUAUCCUGGAUACGCCCAAGUCGAUGAGCGCCCACUUGCGCUUCGGUUGUCUGUCGGUACGCCGCUUUUACUGGUGCGUCCACGAUCUCUUCAAGAAUGUCCAGCUGCGUGCCUGUGUGCGGGGCGUUCAGAUGACGGGCGGAGCCCACAUCACGGGCCAGUUGAUCUGGCGGGAGUACUUCUACACCAUGUCGGUGAACAAUCCGAACUAUGACCGCAUGGAGGGCAACGAGAUCUGCCUGAGCAUUCCGUGGGCCAAGCCGAACGAGGACCUUCUGCAGCGCUGGCGCCUGGGCCAAACUGGAUUCCCAUUGAUAGAUGGCGCCAUGAGGCAGCUCCUGGCCGAAGGAUGGCUGCACCACACGCUGCGCAACACGGUAGCCACCUUCCUCACGCGCGGCGGAAUGUGGCAGAGCUGGGAGCACGGACUGCAGCACUUCUUGAAGUAUCUGCUGGACGCCGAUUGGUCUGUCUGCGCUGGCAACUGGAUGUGGGUCUCCAGCUCGGCCUUCGAGCGGCUGCUGGACUCCUCGCUGGUCACCUGCCCGGUGGCUCUGGCCAAGCGGCUUGACCCGGAAGGGGCCUACAUCAAGCAGUACGUCCCAGAGUUGAUGAAUGUGCCAAAGGAAUUUGUUCAUGAACCCUGGCGAAUGUCCGCCGAGCAGCAGGAGCAGUACGAGUGCCUCAUCGGAGUCCACUAUCCGGAGCGGAUCAUCGACCUCUCCAUGGCCGUGAAGCGCAACAUGCUGGCCAUGAAGGCGCUCCGCAACUCGCUGAUGACCCCGCCCCCGCACUGCAGGCCAUCCAACGAGGAGGAGGUGCGGCAGUUUUUCUGGCUGGCGGAUGUAGCUGUUUAAUGUAAUAUAACCCAAGUGAACUUUUAUCAGCAUACACAAUAAAGGAACUAGUACCAUUCGUAUAUUAUA